AUGGGGCUGUUGGCAUUCAAUCGGCUCAUGCCUAUGCAGCGGGGUCGGCGUCGCCGGCCAACUCAAGGCCGCAAUGGAUCGGUGACUUCAGUUGCUAAAAGGAAGGACUCACAUGAUGACAAUUCCCGGAGUCAUAAAAAGUUGAGAUACUCAGGACCAAGCCUUCCAGAGGCCGUAUGGCAUCAUAUACAUUCUCUUCUUCCUCUACGAGAUGCUGCACGCGUUGCCUGCGUGUCUCAUUCGUUUCGACGUUCUUGGAGAUGUCUUCCCAAUCUCAGCUUAACUAGGGAAACACUGGGUUUGAAAGGCGGGGUCGGCGGGAUAUCAUCUAAAAUAGCGCUUGAUCUUGCAAAGAGAACCGACCACAUUCUGAAAAACCACUCAGGCGUUGGCGUGAAGGCACUCAAACUUGAAAUACGUGAAUUUCCCUUUUUCAGCACCUCAUGUGAUGAUCUCAAUCGUUGGCUUGGUAUUGCCGUUAGACCAGGGAUUGAAGAACUUUAUCUGCAGCUUCAUUCAUCUCAUGCGGACGUGUACAACUUCCCAUACACACUUCUACUUGAUGGGAGUGGCAAGUCGAUUCGGCACCUUCAUCUCGGUGAAUGUGCCUUCCGUCCCACAGCUGGAGUUGGCUGCUUAAGAAGCCUGACUAGUUUGGAACUGUAUGAUGUGCAUAUUACAGGGGAUGAGUUAAUGUGCCUUCUUUCCAGUUCAGUUGCUUUGGAGAAAUUGACACUAGCGUAUUGCGAUGAGUUGAUUUUCCUGGAGAUACCUAGCCUGCUGCAGCGGCUUAGCCACCUGGUUGUCCACGACUGCUUAAAUCUGGAAGUGAUAAAGAAUAAGGCCCCUUAUCUCUACAGUUUUGAAUAUGGUGGUGCCCUGGUACGACUAUCACUUGGUGUUUCAUUGCAAAACCUUGACAUUGAUGCUUCAGGGUGGGACGUUAUUCAUUAUGCUGGUGCCAAACUUCCAUGCAUGGUGCCAAAUCUUGAAGCUCUUAACAUACAUUCGUCUUAUGUGAGGGAUAUACUGGUGGUACCUGGCAAAUUCCUCCACCUCCAGCAUCUGUGUAUUGGGACAUUUACCCCAGACUAUGAUUAUUUCUCUCUGGUUUCUUUUCUUGAUGCUUGUCCUUCCUUGGAGACUUUCAUAUUGUCUGCAGAGCCGGAUUGCAUGGAGCAAGAAUCAGUUUUAGGAGAUUCUUUUCAUGAUCUAAGGCAGAUGCCAGGACACAUGCAUAGGAACAUCAAGGAUGUGCAGAUCAUUGGUUUUUGUUCUGCGAAGAGCAUGGUUGAGCUGACAUGCCAUAUUCUUCAGAAUUCAAAGCUGCUUAAGCGCCUUAAACUGAGCACCUGUUACAAUGGUGAGAUUUUGUGUUCCUACAACAAUAACGGUAAAUGUCUCCCGAUGAGUAGGGGUAUGAUGAUGGAAGCCCAUAAAGCUCUCUUGGCGGUGGAAAGAUAUAUUUUGGGGAAAGUUCCCUCAACCGUCGAGUUAGAACAGGGCCGAGCCGGCAAAAUCGGAGGCCCGGUGCAAAACUCUAAAAUGGGCCCUAUCUUACUAAGAAAAACCUACGUAAACAUACAACUAUAA